ACAGCGCAGCGCUGCCUUGUGACGUCAUGUGCGUUAACCCUCGUGGAAGCACGUCGACGGAGAAAAGAAGGGAGCCGAACGCUAAUAACUCAGUCUUGUUACUUUUUCUCCAGUUUGUAAACAUUCACGUCGUAUAAAAUACAUAUUUGAGUCUUCAUUUAGGGAUAAGAUCGUCUCGGUGCGCGAGAAGCAUUUUGCCGCGUUUCGUGCUGACUUAGCUUAGCUCGCUAGUUAGCUUAGCUUGUUAGCUGCUAACAAAGACGCAGGAGUUGUCAACACAUCGCUAAGUAGAGAUUAAGUGUGAGUGUCAAAGUGUUGGCAUUGUGUGAAAAUGAGUAAAUUACACAUGUUGAGAGAGUUGGUGGACCAGCGACUAACUGCUGCCGCCCAAGAAAUAUUUGUAGUGUUAGAAAGAACAAUAGCAGAAUACGAGGCGGAACUUUCUAGAACAAAGGAGGAGAAUAAUCAACUACUGGACGCUGUCUUCAAGAAACAUCAAGUUGUGCUGCACAGAACAGACGUCGCUGAUGAACAUCUUGUCCACCUGCGGGAGGAAGAACCACCACCCUUGUGCAUAAAAGAGGAAGAAGAGGUCCCACAGCCCCCGAACAUUAAAGAGGAAGUGGAGGAACACGGCAUCAGUCAGGAGGGAGAGCAUAUUGAAGGACGGGCGGAGUCCCCAGCGACUGGUGUCCCUGUGAAGGGUGACGAUGACGAGGUCAAAGGUGAAAGUGAGGAGAAGAGGGAGGCGGAGCCUCCAACUCAACACAUGACAACAGAAGCUGAUGGAGACCACUGUGGAGGAUCACAAGCAGACAAGAUCUCAGCUCCACCAUCAGAUAGUGAGGACACCACCUCACACUCUUCUAAAACUGAUAGUGAGGACACGUUUUACUCUCCUGACACUGAUGAUGAAGACUCUACAGACGACAAGACAUGGGACCCGGACAGCCCUCCCUGGAAAUGUCCUCACUGUGACAAAAGUUUUGGCCUCAAAAAGUCCCUAAACAGACACAUAAAAAUUCACACUCAAGAGAAACCGUUCCCGUGCUCGGCGUGCAGUCAAGUAUUCAGCGUAAAAGCAGACCUGAUAAAACACGCAAAAAUUCACACUCAAAAGAAACCUCUUUCUUGCUCAUUAAGCUUGAAAAGACACAUGAGAGAGCACACUGAAGUGAAACUAUUUUCCUGUUCGGUGUGCGGGAUGGGCUUUUCUAGAAAGGACAGAUUGAACAGCCACAUGACAACACACACGGGAAAAAAACCUUUUUCCUGCGCAACCUGCGGCAAGGGUUUCUCAAGGAAGAACAGUUUGACAGAUCACACAAAGAAACACACUGGGGAAAAACUUUUUUCCUGCUCAACCUGUGGCUUAUGUGUGUCCCGGAGGAACCAAUUGAGAGAGCACAUCAGAACGCACACCGGAGAAAAACCCUUUUCCUGUUCUGUGUGUGAUUCCAACUUCAUCCGAAAGAGUGAUUUGACUUUCCACAUGAAAACGCACACCGGGGAAAAACCGUUCUCUUGUGCAACCUGCGGUCAGAGUUUUACAAAGAGGAGCAGUUUGAAAUAUCACACGAGAAUACACACUGGGGGGAAAGUGCUGAGUUGCAGUGUGUGCGACGAAACAUUCUAUCACCAGAACCAACUCCACAAUCACCAGUGUGCUGGCAGUAAAAGAGAAAAGCGCACCGCGGCCCUCCACCAGGAUCCAGAUGCUGAUCAGGACCAACACCGAAAUGUGAUCACUUGUUCUUUAACCAAUCUGCGGUCAAUCCCUCGGCAAUCGGCACACCUGAAGUUGAUCAGAGGUUCUGCCUUCAAAAGCCUGCACAACCUGCUUUUCCGUGCCGGAACCUGUGCGCCUCCUCUCACCCCACCUUUCCUCUGCUUCCCUGACUGCCUCUUGGAUCUCGACCUUCCGCUUGGACACGGACCUUCUUCACCCCUCUUUAGCCCCCCCGACUUUGACCCAGAAGUGUCAAAGUGUUGGCAUUGUGUGAAAAUGUCUACAUUACACAUGUUGAGAGAGUUGGUGGACCAGCGACUAACUGCUGCCGCCCAAGAAAUAUUUGUAGUGUUAGAAAGAACGAUAGCAGAAUACGAGGCGGAACUUUCUAGAACAAAGGAGGAGAAUAAUCAACUACUGGACGCUGUCUUCAAGAAACAUCAAGUUGUGCUGCACAGAACAGACGUCGCUGAUGAACAUCUUGUCCACCUGCGGGAGGAAGAACCACCACCCUUGUGCAUAAAAGAGGAAGAAGAGGUACCACAGCCCCCGAACAUUAAAGAGGAAGUGGAGGAACACGGCAUCAGUCAGGAGGGAGAGCAUAUUGAAGGACGGGCGGAGUCCCCAGCGACUGGUGUCCCUGUGAAGGGUGAAGAUGACGAGGUCAAAGGUGAAAGUGAGGAGAAGAUGGAGGCGGAGUCUCCAACACAACACAUGACAACAGAAGCUGAUGGAGACCACUGUGGAGGAUCACAAGCAGACAAGAUCUCAGCUCCACUAUCAGAUAGUGAGGACACCACCUCACACUCUUCUAAAACUGAUAGUGAGGACACGUUUUACCCUCCUGACACUGAUGAUGAAGACUCUACAGACGACAAGACAUGGGACCCGGACAGCCCUCCCUGGAAAUGUCCUCACUGUGACAAACGUUUUGGCCUCAAAAACUCCCUAAACAGACACAUAAAAAAUCACACCGGAGAGAAACCGUUCCCGUGCUCGGCGUGCAGUCAAGUAUUCAGCCUAAAAGCAGACCUGAUAAAACACGCGAAAAUUCACACUCGAGAGAAACCUCUUUCUUGCUCAUUGUGCGGCGUACGUUUCACACAGAGUGUAAGCUUGAAAAGACACAUGCUAAGGCACACUGGAGUGAAACCAUUUUUCUGUUCGGUGUGUGGGACGGGCUUCUCUAGAAAGGACAGAUUGAACAACCACAUGACAACACACACGGGAGAAAAACCUUUUCCCUGCGCAACCUGCGGCAUGCGUUUUUCAAGGAAGGACUAUUUGAAAGAGCAUACAAGGAAACACACCGGGGAAAAACCUUUUUCCUGCUCAACCUGUGGUUUAUGUUUUAUUCGGAGGAUCCAAUUGAAAGAGCACACCAGAACGCACACCGGAGAAAAACCCUUUUCCUGUUCUGUGUGUGAUUCCAACUUCGUCCGAGAGGGUAGUUUGAAAAUCCACAUGAGAAUGCACACCGGAGAAAAACCGUUCUCCUGUGCAACCUGUGGUCGGAGUUUUUCAAGGAAGGGCCAUUUGAGUUGUCACACGAGAAUACACACUGGGGGGAAAGUGCUGAGUUGCAGUGUGUGCGACGAAACAUUCUAUCACCAGUACCAACUCAACAAACACCAGUGUGCUGGUGGGAACAGCGGCACUAAAAUAAAAAAGCGCUCCGCGGCCCUCCACCAGGAUCCGGAUGCUGAUCAGGACCAACAUCGAAAUGUGAUCACUUGUUCCUUAACCAAUUACGUCGCUGAUGAACAUCUUGUCCACCUGCGGGAGGAAGAACCACCACCCUUGUGCAUAAAAGAGGAAGAAGAGGUACCACAGCCCCCGAACAUUAAAGAGGAAGUGGAGGAACACGGCAUCAGUCAGGAGGGAGAGCAUAUUGAAGGACGGGCGGAGUCCCCAGCGACUGGUGUCCCUGUGAAGGGUGAAGAUGACGAGGUCAAAGGUGAAAAUAGUGAGGACACCACCUCACACUCUUCUAAAACUGAUAGUGAGGACACGUUUUACCCUCCUGACACUGAUGAUGAAGACUCUACAGACGACAAGACAUGGGACCCGGACAGCCCUCCCUGGAAAUGUCCUCACUACGUCGCUGAUGAACAUCUUGUCCACCUGCGGGAGGAAGAACCACCACCCUUGUGCAUAAAAGAGGAAGAAGAGGUACCACAGCCCCCGAACAUUAAAGAGGAAGUGGAGGAACACGGCAUCAGUCAGGAGGGAGAGCAUAUUGAAGGACGGGCGGAGUCCCCAGCGACUGGUGUCCCUGUGAAGGGUGAAGAUGACGAGGUCAAAGGUGAAAAUAGUGAGGACACCACCUCACACUCUUCUAAAACUGAUAGUGAGGACACGUUUUACCCUCCUGACACUGAUGAUGAAGACUCUACAGACGACAAGACAUGGGACCCGGACAGCCCUCCCUGGAAAUGUCCUCACUGUGACAAACGUUUUGGCCUCAAAAACUCCCUAAACAGACACAUAAAAAAUCACACCGGAGAGAAACCGUUCCCGUGCUCGGCGUGCAGUCAAUGUUGGCAUUGUGUGAAAAUGAGUAAAUUACACAUGUUGAGAGAGUUGGUGGACCAGCGACUAACUGCUGCCGCCCAAGAAAUAUUUGUAGUGUUAGAAAGAACGAUAGCAGAAUACGAGGCGGAACUUUCUAGAACAAAGGAGGAGAAUAAUCAACUACUGGACGCUGUCUUCAAGAAACAUCAAGUUGUGCUGCACAGAACAGACGUCGCUGAUGAACAUCUUGUCCACCUGCGGGAGGAAGAACCACCACCCUUGUGCAUAAAAGAGGAAGAAGAGGUACCACAGCCCCCGAACAUUAAAGAGGAAGUGGAGGAACCCGGCAUCAGUCAGGAGGGAGAGCAUAUUGAAGGACGGGCGGAGUCCCCAGCGACUGGUGUCCCUGUGAAGGGUGAAGAUGACGAGGUCAAAGGUGAAAGUGAGGAGAAGAGGGAGGCGGAGCCUCCAACUCAACACAUGACAACAGAAGCUGAUGGAGACCACUGUGGAGGAUCACAAGCAGACAAGAUCUCAGCUCCACCAUCAGAUAGUGAGGACACCACCUCACACUCUUCUAAAACUGAUAGUGAGGACACGUCUUACUCUCCUGACACUGAUGAUGAAGACUCUACAGACGACAAGACAUGGGACCCGGACAGCCCUCCCUGGAAAUGUCCUCACUGUGACAAAAGUUUUGGCCUCAAAAAGUCCCUAAACAGACACAUGAAAAAUCACACCCAAGAGAAACCGUUCCCGUGCUUGACGUGCUGUCAGGUAUUCAGCCUAAAAGCGGACCUGAUAAAUCAUUCGAAAACACACACUCAAGAGAAACCUUUUUCUUGUUCAUUGUGCGGCGUACAUUUCACACGGAGCGAAAGCUUGAAGAGACAUAGAAAGCACCCUGGAGUGAAACUAUUUUCCUGUUCGGUGUGUGGGGCUGGCUUUUUCAAAAAGGACAUUUUGAACAAGCACAUGACAACACACACGGGAGAAAAACCUUUUUCCUGCGCAACCUGCGGCAUGCGUUUUUCAAGGAAGGACGGUUUGAAAGAGCACACAAGGAAACACACCGGGGAAAAACCUUUUUCCUGCUCAACCUGUGGCUUAUGUUUUUCCCGGAGGGACAAACUGAGAGAGCACACCAGAACCCACACCGGAGAAAAACCCUUUUCCUGUUCUGUGUGUGAUACCAAUUUCAGCCGAGGGGAUCAUUUGAAAAUCCACAUGAGAGUGCACAGUGGAGAAAAACCGUUCCCCUGUACAACCUGUGGUCUGUGUUUUACAAAGAAGACCGGUUUGAAAUAUCACCUGAGAAUACACACUGGGGGGAAAGUGCUGAGUUGCAGUGUGUGCGACCAAACAUUCUAUCACCAGAACCAACUCCACAAACACCAGUGUGCUGGCAGUAAUAAAGAAAAGCGCACCGCGGACCUCCACCAGGAUCCGGAUGCUGAUCAGGACCAACACCGAAAUGUGAUCACUUGUUCCUUAACCAAUUUCUGACAUGUCCUGGCACUGAUAUUCAACCAGACUUGAGUUUUAUUUUGUUAUGACGCAAACUACCUACCUGACAGUCAAACAAAGUUCCUUUUAGUUACUUUUCACUUCAAUAGCAAACUUGAAAAUAUGUAAAAUAGUCCUGCACCUGGCAGCUGCGGUCAAUCCCCCGGCAAUCGGCACACCUGAAGUUGAUCAGAAGUUCUGCCUUCAAAAGCCUGCACAACCUGCUUUUCCGUGCCGGAACGUAGUCUUCUGUUCAAGUACACUAGCCCUUCGUUCCCAAAUUUCCAGCUGUGCGCCUCGUCUCACCCCGCCUUUCCUCUGCUUCCUUGACUGCCUCUUGGAUUUCGACCUUCCGCUUGGACACAGACCUUCGGUGAAGACCUCAACGGCGGAGAAGGGGGAAGACGGUAGAUGUAUGAACCACCACAACGGGCACGAUGGCGGAAGAAGGCACCCCACAUCCAUUUGGUCCCAGUUAUGGGAAAAUAAGGACCCAAGACCUCAACGGUGGAACAAGCAGAGGAUGAUUGCUAACCCUAUGGAGUGUCACAACGGCUGGGAUGGCGGAUGAAGGCUGCAGCAGAAAAGGGUCCCCAGUCACCUUGCACUCCAUGCCACUGGACCCUGACCCAGAUCUGUCAGGGAUCGUGUGGUGACUGUGUGCACACCAGUCUCCCCAUGUCAAACAAAGUCCCGCUCAGGCAUCCUCCAUAAAGGGAUACCCGCCUACCAGGAUAACCAUCAGACUCACUUAGAGUGACCACCGAUGAUGAUAUGUAAUACAUCAUAAAGUUAAA